UUAUAUAGAUUCCUUGCUGUUCCUUAUCUGUGCUUAUCAGAAUAAUAAAGAACUCUUGUCAAAGGGCCCAUACAGAGGACAUGAUGAAGAGUUAAUAUCACAUUAUAGAAGAGAAUGUUUACUAAAAUUAAAUGAACAAGCUGCAGAACUGUUUGAAUCUGGAGAGGAUCGAGAAGUAAACAAUGGUUUGAUUAUCAUGAAUGAAUUUAUUGUUCCGUUUUUGCCCCUACUAUUGGUGGAUGAAAUGGAAGAGAAAGACAUACUUGCAGUGGAAGAUAUGAGGAAUAGAUGGUGUUCCUACCUAGGACAAGAAAUGGAAUCAAACCUCCAAGAAAAGCUGACGGACUUUCUUCCAAAACUGCUUGACUGUUCUACGGAAAUUAAAGGUUUCCACGAGCCACCGAAGUUACCUUCAUAUUCCACGCAUGACCUCUGUGAGCGGUUUGCCCGAAUCAUGUUGUCCCUCAGUCGAACUCCUGCUGAUGGAAGAUAAACUGCACACGCUUUCCCUAAACACACUGUAUAAACUCUUUUUAGUUCUUAACCCUUGCCUUCCUGUCACAGGGUUUGCUUGUUGCUGCUAUAGUUUUUAACUUUUUUAUUUUAAUAACUGCAAAAGACAAAAUGAAUAUACAGACUUUAACCAGACUGCAAACUAUAAAGCUGAGAAUCGCAUGGCACUCAGACUUUGUUUUAACCAAAACUGAUGUAUAAUUACAAAUCUGAUUGAUUUUAUUAUGGCAAAAUUUGCCACUUUUCUUGUCACAGUAUUACUUUGCUUUCAUCUCUUCUUUAUCAACAGCUUUCCAUUCAGUCUGGAUCCUUCCAUGACUAAGCCAUUCAAGUGUUCAGCACUGUGUAUAAUACAUAAUAUUUGGUAGCUUGUAACUGAAAUUAAAGAAUAAAGUUUUAUUUAUGGCUACC